AUGAAGCUCUCUUUCUCUCUCCCCUCGAAGUCCAAGCCCAAAGUCACAGCAAUCGCCGACGGUAACAACGCCGUCGAUGGCGGCAACAGUAAGCAGUUCGUCACGGAAUUCGAUCCGUCGAAAACCCUAGCCGAUUCCAUUCCCAAACACGUUAUACCUCCGAUUGAGAAUACAUGGAGGCCUCACAAGAAGAUGAAGAAUCUCGAUCUCCCGCUUCAAUCCGGUAACACUGGUUCCGGUCUCGAAUUCGAGCCCGAGGUUCCUUCAGGCGAUUCUCAUGGAUCUGAUAACAUCACUUACGGUCUAAAUCUGCGUCAGAAAACCAAGGACUUCGCUGCGGAUUCGAGUGAUGCGACUGAAGAUCGGAAAUUAGCUCCGGUGGAGCAGCUCAUGCUGCAGAGUUUAAGGAAAGAUCUGGAGUCACUCGCUGAUGAUCCGACGUUGGAGGAUUUCGAGAGCGUUCCUGUGGAAGGUUUUGGAGCUGCGUUGAUGGCUGGAUAUGGUUGGAAGCCUGGUAAGGGAAUAGGUAAGAACGCUAAGGAAGAUGUUCAGAUAAAGGAAUAUAAAAAGUGGACUGCUAAAGAAGGAUUAGGUUUCGAUAUGGAUAGAUCUAAGGUUGUAGAUGCGAAGGCUAAAGUGAAAGAAAAUGGGAAAUCGGAUAAUAAGCCUAGAGGUACUGAUGGUGGAGAUGUGUUUUUUGUUGGGAAAGAAGUGAGAAUCAUUGCAGGAAGAGAUAUAGGAUUAAAGGGUAAGAUUGUUGAGAAACCGAGUACUGAUUUGUUUAUCGUGAAGCUCUCUGAAAGCGAAGAUGAAGUGAAAGUGGGUGUGAAUGAGGUAGCUGAUUUGGGUUCCAAGGAAGAAGAUAGGUGUUUAAGAAAGUUGAAAGCUUUACAGUUAGAUGACAAGGAGAAAGAUAAGAAAGCGAGUAAACGAAGCAGAGAAACGGAGAGAGGGAGUCGAACUGAAGUUAGAGUUAGUGAGAAGCAAGAUAGAGGUCAAACAAGAGAGAGAAGAGUGAAGCCCUCAUGGCUCAGGAGUCAUAUAAAGGUGCGGAUAGUAAGCAAAGAUUUGAAAGGUGGGAGAUUGUAUCUUAAGAAAGGAAAAGUUGUUGAUGUUGUUGGACCAACGACUUGCGAUAUCACGAUGGAUGAGACGCAGGAGCUGGUUCAAGGGGUUGAUCAAGAGUUGCUCGAGACAGCAUUGCCUAGGCGAGGAGGGCCGGUUUUGGUUCUGUUGGGGAAACAUAAGGGCGUCUAUGGAAAUCUCGUCGAGAAAGAUUUGGAUAAAGAAACUGGUGUGGUUCGUGAUUUAGACAACCACAAGAUGCUUGAUGUUAGACUUGAACAAGUUGCAGAGUACAUGGGUGAUAUGGAUGAUAUUGAAUACUGA